GUGGACAGGCUACAGCUAUGCAAGCAUGACGCUCGUGCACAUCGCUAUUCAGGGUCCAGGGACGACAAGCAUCGAACCUUUCAACAGCGACAUCGGCCACGCGUUGCGCACUGUAGUAGAUACUCGUAACCACGAAUCAAGAUGCCUGUGGAAAACGUGACCGGAUCAUGCUAUUGCAAGGCCAUCGCCUAUUCCAUCUCCGACGUCGAGUCUCUUCCCCUUGACGGGAUUAUUUGUCAUUGUCGAACGUGCCAGAAGAUCGCAACGAUGGGCUCGUAUAAUGUCACUCUCAAUCGCGAACAACUCAAGAUCACCAAGGGCGAGCUUGCUAGUUACGAAGACAACUCUGCCGACUCGGGGAAGACCAUCACCCGCAUGUUCUGCAAGACAUGCGGAUCGGGGAUCUACUCUCGACCAGACUCAAUCCCGGACAAGUUGUUUCUCAAGGCCGGCACUCUGGACGAUAUGAGUCAAGUGAGACCCAAUGCCGAGAUUUACGUCGAACGCGCGAUCAAAGGGAUGCCUGGGUCUAGCGAGGAGAUCAAGUGUACUUUGUUCGAAGGUAUGAUGAAGAACAAGUUGUAAUUUGUGAGCUCAGCGCAGAGCGAGAUGUGAGAGCUGAGAGGUCCGAGCCGUGCCGGGUAUCGCGAAGCCAGAGGUUGUAAACAAGAUACAAGAUGCAAGAUGAAGAUCAGAGUCUCCGACUCUUAAAGAUCGAGAACGGCCUUCAAAUGCCAGGAAGCAG